AUGAAUAAAGUAGUAAUGGGCAAAAGACCCAGAUUGCAAACGUUAACUUAUCGGUUAAAUUCCGGACAGUCUCGAUGGCAACAUACAGAUAGUAUGGCAUUUAGAGAUCGAAUUGAACUUCAUAAUCGGAAAUAUAUCAUGAAACGACAUAAUUUUUUCUCUAAACAGGACUCUAUAUCGAAUGGACAUGGUAUACCACAUGAAAAUUUAUUAACUUAUGAUCCAAUAUUGACUCAAUGUAUCGCCAGAUGGCUUUGGUUAAAUUAUAAGAUUACAGAUUACCCAUAUUAUGAUCUAAAUAUAUUUAAUAUUUUUACAAAUUUGCCACAAUCUAUAUAUUUUAUGAAACAAAUUAUGCAGUAUUUUCAUGAAAUUUUGCCGUUUGAAUCCUUUGAUAAAAUAAAUUAUUAUUUAUUCCCAUUAUACAAAUGUAAUCAUAUUAAUAAGAAAUCCUUACUUGAUAAUAUUCCUGGAAAUGUACAUAUUAUGGAAGACACAACAUUAUUUCCUAUAAAUAAUAAUACCAAUUAUAUUGAACAAUCGAAUAAUAUGUAUAUCAAUGAUCCUGUACAAAUAUUAAUGUUUAAUGAUAUCUUGGGGAAACUAUCCCAUGAUAUGAUAAGAUAUAAUCCAAAAAAACAAUCAUUAGAACAAUGCUACAUUGAGAAAAAUGGCAACAUUGAAACAAAAAGAUAUGAAUCACAGUUAGAUUAUUGGUGUGAACUAACAUUAAAACAAUUAUACAACAAUGGAUACGAUAAUAUACGUAAAAACCAAAUGAAUGGAGUCUAUAUUCCAACACAAUUUAUUCAACUCUUAGAACAGCUAAAGUUUAAUGCACCAGAUCAUCGCCUAUUCAUAAUUGAUUCACCCAAGGUUGUUGCCAACCCUAUUAUACAACGGUUGAAAAAUAUAUUUAAAAGAGGUCAAAAUUUCAAAUCUAAUGAUACCAUGGAGUGGGCCAACAAAGCGAAUACUAAUGACCCAAAUAUCUCACUAGAUAGAAUGCAAUCAUAUAUAAGUUUCAAUCCGGAUUUCCAACAACUAGAGACAAUCUUAAACCGUGUCGAAGGAAACGAUACAAGACAUGGAUUCUUGCAACCGUGUGAGAUAGAAACGCUGGGUAAUUUCUGCGACAAAUGGGUGGACGGUAAAAUUAAAAAACCAUCACUAUCAUCUAAUCAUGAAGAAGAACAUAGUAUCCCAAGGGAAGUCCUUGACAAACUAAGUCUUCAAUUGAGCAUUGCCAACAAGAGUUCCCUGAAUAUCCUACAUUCAUAA